UUGAAAUGAAAUCAUGAUUAACGUGAGCGUGAGUCAACUCGUGAAUCAAGUGGACAAAUGCAAUUUUACUUUAUAUGCAGAAUGGAAAGAUACAUAUUUUAAAAUAAUAUUGUUAAGACCAUGCACAGUACCACUGAGUGGAGAGAUGGACAUAGAAAAAGCCAAUUACUUUCUAGAUCAUUUAGAUGAAUCUUUUGAAAUAUACCUGGAAAAAACCAGACUUGCAUUUUCUGGUAAGAAUAUUGACAUACAGUUCUUUCUGUAUGAUGAUACAUUUACGUGGAAACAGCAAAAUAUUCUUACUCGUGGAGAAAUUGCAAUAUUUCCUCUUUCAAAUAUAUUAACUAUUUCUGACAUUUUGAAACAAUUAUUGGAGCUUUAUCAAAAAUGUCAAGAAGAGAUAUUAACAUUGGAAAAAGAGAAUAAAUGCCUAAAUGAAAGCAAUAUAAAGCUAACCAAAGAUAUAGAAGAAAUGAUAAAUGUAAAAGAUAAAAUGGAAAAGGAUCUUUAUACAAGAUUUCUUUUACUUCUUAAUACAAAGAAAAAAAGGAUCAAAGAGCUUCAGAAGACUUUAGAUAGCAACAAAAAAAUCACAAAAUCGAUAUAUGAUGAAACUACUGAUGAUGAAAGUGAGAAAUCAGAUGUAGAAAGCAAGAAAGUACAUAAUAUUGCAUCAUCUAAUUCAAGGAAACGCAAAAUGGAUUACAAAAGCGAACAAAAAACUCCACCAAAGAAUAAUAAGAUGAAUUUUAAAAUAAGUACAAAUUUCUCAUCCAAUGAAGAUACAAGUCCUGAGCCUUCUACUAGCAGAAAUAAGUUAACAUCACAAAAUAUAGACAUGUCUCUUACAAUAAAAUCAAAACAUGUUAAUAUUUCAGAAGAAGAAUCUGAAGAGGACCUAUUUUCCCAAUAAAAAAAAUUAUAGAUUACAUUUACAUUAUUCUUUUUAUAAUUAAUCUUAGACACAUUUGUUUUUCUCACUUUUCAUAGAGAAAAUUGAUUUGAGUGCCAGUCCAGAUUUUCUUAUUAUUCUAGAUUUUCAAAAAAAUCUAAUAAAAUCAAAGUUUCAAUGUGUCUACAUUAUAUAGUUUUUUUAAAUGAAAUCUUAAAAUCAAAAUUUUUUAAUAAAAAUUGAAAUUUGGCCAAAAAAGAGGGAAAAUGGAAAUUUUUUUUUAAAUUUUGACUGCUUUCAAAUCCAGUGUGUCUAUGGAAAGAUUAUACCAAAUUCAAUUGUAUUAUUAAUUAUAUAUUCUAAUUGAGUAUAUAUGUGAUUUUUGUAAAUAUUUCGGCUAUUACUUCUUAAUGUAAUAAAUUUAUAUUUAUAUAUUGAU